AUGGGGGAGGGGAGGGGUCCGCACUGGGCUCCCGGCCAGCCCAGCGUGGCUGGGGUGACCUCCCUCGGAGGGACGAGGAGACCCGGGGAGGUGCCCCUCGCUCUGGUGUGCCCACCGCACCCACACCCACACCCCACCCACGGGGAGACGGUUGUGGACACCGAUAUUCAAAGUCUAAAGCAGGAAAGCAUGACGCUGCCCCCGCCUCCCGGGAGCCAAACAGGGACAAACAGACACAAAGCGCCCGUGGCCGCCAGGCGCGUGGAGGCCGAGGGUACUCAACCCCUUCCCAGCCCCGGCCUCCCACCGGCGCGGCCCAUGGAAGCUGCACGCUGCACAGGGACAUUCUCACAGGCGCGCACAGGCGUGCCGGGAGGAGGCCCGCACGCUCGGCAAGGAGACACACAAAGGUGCCCGGCCCCCAGAACGUGUCCCCGGCUCCGCACACGCGGGCCACGCGCCCCAGGGCCGGCGACACAAACUUCUGCGGGGCGAGCAGACCCGGCGGAGGGAGGCCUGUGGACUCCGCGUUCGCACCUCACAUACAAAGACCCCAAGUCCCCUCCCCCUGCGGCGCGCAGCAGGCGUGGAGGGGCGCCCAGUGAGCCGCCGUCCUCCCCCUCUGGCCCCCGCCGUCCAGAGCCCCCUCCGCGUGGCCGUCCAGCCGAGUCCUGGCGGCCCGGAGCCCCCUCCGCCCGCCGGCCACCGCGGCCAUCAGCCCGGCCAUCGGCUGCUCCUGCGUCUGGCCUGCCUUUGCUCACUCUCCCUUACCUGGCCACGCCGGCCGGACCAUCGGAGCCCUUCCGGGGUCUGCCGGGCUCUCUGCCCUGCUGA